CGGCUCGAGCCCGCUGGGCACGCGGGGGCGCGCACGUCGCUCCCCGCCCUCCCGCCGCCGUCGCCGCCCGCUCUUGCUUUCUCGCGCUACCCGCCCGUUGCUCUCUGUCGGUUCUCUCGUUAAUCCGCCGUAGUCUUCUCAGUCACCCGCUGUAGUCUUCGAGCUUGCGACUCGCGGACAGGAGUCCUCGGCGCGGAGAGGCCGGACUCGGAGUCGUCGCCUGAGUACCUUUCAUCUGAGAAGUUCAAGGCACUUUGUAGAACUUCUGCCACACAGGCUGUGGGUCUUGCAGCACAUUUGUAAGUUGUCUCAGCACCAUUUGUUGAAAAGGCUGUUUUUCCUCUGUUGGAUUGUCUUGGCAUCCUCGUUGAAAAUUGUUUGACCCUAAGCAAUGGCUGCCAUCCGGAAGAAACUGGUGAUUGUUGGAGAUGGAGCCUGUGGCAAGACUUGCUUGCUCAUUGUCUUUAGCAAGGACCAGUUCCCAGAGGUGUAUGUACCUACGGUGUUUGAGAACUAUGUGGCAGAUAUUGAAGUGGACGGAAAGCAGGUAGAGUUGGCUUUGUGGGACACAGCUGGGCAGGAAGAUUAUGAUCGCUUGAGGCCUCUCUCCUACCCGGAUACUGAUGUUAUACUGAUGUGUUUCUCCAUUGACAGCCCUGAUAGUUUAGAAAACAUCCCAGAAAAAUGGACUCCAGAAGUCAAGCAUUUCUGUCCCAACGUGCCCAUCAUCCUGGUUGGGAACAAGAAGGAUCUUCGAAAUGAUGAGCACACAAGGCGGGAGCUAGCCAAGAUGAAGCAGGAGCCAGUAAAACCGGAAGAAGGCAGAGAUAUGGCAAACAGGAUUGGUGCUUUUGGGUACAUGGAGUGUUCAGCAAAGACCAAAGAUGGAGUGAGGGAGGUUUUUGAAAUGGCCACGAGAGCUGCUCUGCAAGCCAGACGUGGGAAGAAAAAAUCUGGGUGCCUUGUCUUGUGAAACCCUGCUGCAAGCACGGCCCUCAUGCGGUUAAUUUUGAAGUGCUGUUUAUUAAUCUUAGUGUAUGAUUACUGGCCUUUUUCAUUUAUCUAUAAUUUACCUAAGAUUACAAAUCAGAAGUCAUCUUGCUACCAGUAUUUAGAAGCCAACCAUGAUUAUUAAUGAUGUCCAACCCACCUGACCCACCAGGGUCCUUCUGACACUGCUCUAACAGCCCUCCUCUGCACUCCCACCUGACACACUAGGCGCUAAUUCAAGGGAUUUCCUAACUUCUUGCUUCUUUCUAGAAAGAGAAACAGUUGGUAACUUUUGUGAAUUAGGCUGUAACUACUUUAUAACUAACAUGUCCGCCUCUCAUCUUUCAGCUGCCAAGGUACUCUGGUGAGUCACCACUUCAGAGCUUUACUCAUUUUAACAGAUUUCAUUGGCAUAGCUCUGGGUGGCAAUCCAGUUUUUUGAAAAUGUGCUCAGCCAGAAAGGCCCAAGUUCACGCAGCUGUGGCAAAGUUACAGUUCUGUGGUUUCAUGUUAGUUACCUUAUAGUUACUGUGUAAUUAGUGCCGCUUAAUGUAUGUUACCAAAAAUAAAUAUAUCUACCCCAGACUAGAUGUAGUAUUUUUUGUAUAAUUGGAUUUCCUAAUACUGAUAUUUGUCAUCCUCACAGAAAGUGUAUUGGUUUUUUUAAAAAAAAGAAAGUGUAUUUGAAAAUAAAGUCAGAUGGAAAAUUCAUUUUUUAAAUUCCCGUUUUGUCAGUUUCUCUGAAAAAAGAUGGCCAUGUCUCCCCUUUUCGGCCCCACAUAUUCCAGUACCCCCUUCCCCAGAGCUGGGCUAAGUAAAUAGGAAUUUGGUUUUAUGCCUGAGGCACUUAGAUACUUCAGAAGGUGGCAUAACCUGUCUCACCUGGACGGCAGGGUCUGGCUCUAGUUCACAGUGCUCUUUUUUCUCACUGUAUCCAGGUUCCCUCCCAGAGGAGCCACCAGUUCUCUUGGAUGGCCCACAGUUUCUCUGUCCUCUCCAGCUGACUAAACUUUUUUUCUGUACCAGUUAAUUUUUCCAACUACUAAUAGAAUAAAGGCAGUUUUCUAAA